ACAGCCUGAAGCCUAAUUUUGUUGACAAUGACGUCAAACCCCAUGCAGCAAUAAUUGCAAUUAAAAGUCAGCCUUUGCUCACGAUUGACUGCAAUAUAUUUAGCUGUACGUGAUAUGAAGUACAGAAAGCCACAACGCUGUUGCUUCUUAUAAAGGAAAAUGAAAAAAUUGUUUUUGUUGAUUGCUUUUGGCCUGGCAUCUUUAACACCAAAAAGUGAAGGCCUGGCACCUUGUAACUUUAUUACGGUCGACUUGAGGAAAGACGAUGGAAACUGCAGUCAAAUUAUUCAUAAGCCAUCGCCAUAUCGUUUGCGUGGUAUCGUUACAGUAUGUCCUAGAACUCUUGACGUGUUUUGGUUGAAUCGCCCUCCUUUUGUUUUCACUGACGAUGCACUUGCCGGUAACAAGACUCAUCCAAUUGGGGUUUUUGUGGAUGCUGUUCGUUCGUCACUAUCCGUCUGUUGCAGAAGGGAGGGUAGUUCUCCACCAAACAUCAUUUUCGACCGAUUGCCCACAAAAAGUCUUGAUGCACUGCACAGCAAAGUUUUAAGCUACAAAAACUCCGAAAGCUAUAUGAUUCUUCCUGUUGUCACAGAUGUCAAAGAUAAUCAAAAAUAUUUAGAUGUUGUUGAUGUCGUGUCGGUUCUCCAGUCCCCUGGGGAAAUCCUUCUCCUUCGCAGGGAAAGCGUUGAAAGGAAUGAGCAGUUUAAAGUCUGGCAGUCAAUUGAAAGUGUUUGGUUGGCCAUUUCACUUUCAAUUUUACUAUCGGCAAUUGCAGGUGUAUGUGUUUGGGCUUUGGAUACUUUGAGAAACCCAGAUGACUUCCCCAAUUCCUUUGGUAAAGGUGCAAGCGAGGGAUUUUGGUGGGCUUUUGUUACCAUGACAACAGUGGGUUAUGGAGACCGCACACCCAAGUCAAUGUUUGGACGUCUAUUUGGCAUUAUUUGGAUAGUUUUUGGUAUCUCGUUGUGCUCAAUCAUGACAGCUACCAUAACAACAGCGCUAACUUCCAUGAAUGUCAAAAAGGAUGUUGCAAUAAUGGACAAAAAGAUUGCUGUAUUGGCUGGGAGUAACUCCAUAUCCGAAGCUGUGAAGAAUUUUGCCAUUCCAAAAGUCUAUGAAGAUCUAAAAGCAAUGGACGAUGCGCUUGCAAAAGAGGAGGUUGAUGGUAUCAUGGUUGAAAUGAGUUUAGGMGUCUACAAUCUUCACAGUCCGUCCUUUGCUCAUCUUCAAAUCCAAGAUGUCUAUAAAAGUCUUCACUCAUAUGGAUUUGCAUUUUGGAAAUUCACCAACGGACAUUUACAAAGUCCUUUCUCUCGGAAUGUUAACAACUGCCUCAAGAACAUAUUUAGGUACAGGGAAAAGGACGUUGCACAAUUGGUUGACGAUUACUUGGACCGAAGUGAAAAUAACAAACUACAAUACAAGGAAAUGGUGAGCUUUUUCUCUCUGAAGUCACCUUUAUUCAAGAAAAUCUUCAUCAUCCUGUCUGCAUUGACUGCAAUGAUCGUAGUUUGUGGAUUUGCUGAGCAGUUUUACCGUCAGCAGUGUAAAGCAAGUAGCAAAGGACAACGUGCAGUCGAAAUAAAAGAGUAAAUUAGAUGCUGUGCUGUGUGUCUUUAUAACCGUUUCGUGUUGCAUGAGCCUCAGUCUCUGGUUUAUCAUUGGUUUAAUAGUAUUGAUUCUAAGAAAUUAAAUCCCACUAGCUUCGUUACACUUAACCCGUGAAAUAGCGAUUAACUUUGCACAGAGAAAGAAUGUGUACAUUUAGUAGACCUCUGAAGCUUUUACGUCAUGUACCGUAUACGCAAUGCAUUGUAGGAUAUGUUUGGGACAGAACAUGGCGGAUUUCUUUUGUUUUCUCUUGAAACUGAUCCCACAAUGCAUUGAAAAUCAAGUAAUGGCGUAAAAGGUUCAGAAGUCUAUUAGAGAAAAACAUUGAUACUUUAUUGAAUAAAAAAACGUGUCUCUGGUCUUUUCCUUGAAGUACGUGAGCUUACAUUAAAUCUGGAAAAAAACAUAGAUAGUUUGUAAUGGAUGGAACUCAUUAGUACACUUGACUAAUGAAAGAGUCAUUAGUGUGUAAAAACUUCAGUGGAGAUAAAAAUAAAAUAAUCAAAAUAAAAGG